GUCAAUUACUAAUACAGCUUUUAGGAUUCCUAUAAGCUACAGCCAUUCAUGAAGCCAUGAGCCCCCGAAAAAACUCAAGUUCAAGGCGGGCAACGUGGUUGGCCUUUGGCUUGGUGGCGCUCGCUGCGUUCUCUGCCUCAGCCCAGCCUCAAACCGACAGUAUAGAGACCACCCAGUCGGAGCUGGAGCCCAGUGUGCAACAAGUCCCAAAUGACGCUACCGUGUAUUUGGAACCAGAUUUCGACCAGGGUGCAGAGGCAACAAGAGCGUACAAGUCUGCUCUAUUCACACUUUCUAACCUCACCGCACAUCCGCCAUCUCAUACACACAAUGCGUUUUCCCAACCAACUACUACAACACCUUCUCUUCUCUCUGCGCUCCUUCCCAAUCCACAAGGCCAAGGUCCUCUAGGAAGUGCAAUCCGUAUAGCACUAAAACUUCGUCAACAAUUCUUUCUUUUCCGUCUGUUUGGUGGACCCAGUGGAAGUGCUGCGAGGAGAAGGGAUGAGGAGAUGCGUGGAAAGGCAAUAAAGGUGCUGGAUCUGCUGCAACAUUCUGCGGAACUAGGAAAUCUGGAUGCACUUUUUACGCUUGGGUAUAUAUCUCUCUUCCCUCCGAGCUCCCAUUUUCCGUCCGACCCUGAGCUUGCAUAUGAUUCGCUCUUGCACCACGCUGCACUGACAGGCAACGCUUCCUCGCAAGCUCUUCUCGCCUUCUUCCAUGCAACAGGUUAUGCAGAUGUCGUUCCCAUCGACCAAGCCCAAGCAUUAUUAUAUUAUACAUUUGCUGCUCAGGGUGGUCACAAAGGUGCACAAAUGGCUCUGGGGUAUCGAUACUGGAGCGGCAUCAGUACAGUUGAAGACUGCGGACGGGCAGUCGAAUGGUACGAGGCUGCUGCAGAUGAAGCGAUGUCGAUGUUCCUGUCUGGUCCCCCUGGUGGCCAGACCCUUCCGCAGACUGCAACGCGGUUGUCUGAUUUAGAUGGGGGUGUGUUCGGGCCGGGCGCCAGUGUUGCAUCUACCGGCUUGAACGUUAUUAAGCCCGCUGUCAAGGCUGGCUUAGCACAGACUGCUGGCGAGACGUGGGAUGACGUUCUUGAGUACUACAUCUUCAACGCCGACAGAGGAGAAACAGACUUUGCGUACAAGUUGGGGAAGAUCUAUUACCAGGGUAGCAUCUACUCUUCUGCGGGUGGUAUCGGUUCUGGCUCGGAGGGGGUUGGACGCGUCCUCCAGGACUUCCAUCAAGCUCAAUUUUACUUCCUCCAGAUCGCACGGCAGAUUUGGCCUCGUGACCCUACGAAUCCCCUACAGCAUGGUGCACCUGGUUACAAGGCUGAAAACGUCAAGCAUCCCGGAUUUGCACCAAAGAGCGCGGCAUAUCUCGGCCGGAUGUAUCUCCGGGGUGAGGGUGUGAAGCAGGAUUAUGCGAUGGCCAUGAUGUGGUUUGAACGAGGGGCCGAGUUUGAGGACAGAGAAUGCCACAAUCUGUUGGGUGUCAUGUGGAGAGAUGGGCUAGUGCCUGGACGCCAGGACAUGAAGACAGCACUUGCACACUUCACUAGGGCCGCAGGUCAAGAACUCGCUGAAGCUCACGUCAAUCUUGGAAAGUACAACUAUUACCGCGGCGAAUUCAAGCUCGCUAUCACGUACUUUGAAGCUGCAGUGCGCUUUGGCUCGACGUUUGAGGCCCACUUUUACCUUGCGAAGAUUCACACCCUAAACAUGCGUGUUGCAAAUGAAGGUUUCGCAGCAGGCUUUUGCGCUUCUGCGGUUUCCUUCUUCAAACUUGUUGCUGAGCGGGGAGUUUGGGAUGAUGACCUCCUGGCAGAUGCCGAAACUGCCUGGUAUAGCGGCACCGAGCGUGGCAAGGAAAUUGCGAUCCUUAAAUGGUGGGUUGCGGCAGAAAGAGGAUCCGAAAUGGCACAAAAUAAUCUCGCUUAUGUUCUAGACCAAGAUCGGAGCAUGCUUCGUCUCACGCGGUUCGCCCCUAUCGAGGCAUCCAAUGAUACCGCUCUCCUCGCCCUUACUCAGUGGACGCGUUCCGCUGCCCAACGAAAUAUUGAUGCACUAGUCAAAGUUGGUGACUACUAUUACCACGGUCUUGGUGUCCCCGAUGAACCCGAGGCACUUAGAUGGGAAAAAGCGGCCAAAUAUUAUCAGAGCGCUGCCGAUACGCAUUUCAGUGCGCUGGCGAUGUGGAAUCUAGGUUGGAUGUAUGAGAAUGGUAUUGGUGUACCCCAGGAUUUCCAUCUUGCUAAGAGGCAUUAUGAUAUGGCGGUCGAGACGAAUAGCGAGGCAUACUUGCCUGUGCUACUCUCCCUCGUGAAGUUGUAUGCUCGGAGUCUCUGGUACACUCUUCAGGGUGGCAAGGAUGGUCUUAAUUUGUGGAAAUAUGAUGCAGACAAAAUGUCUGUAGCAGAAAGGGCUCGCUUGAACCAGGAAAUAGAUAGUGGUCCCCAAGACACUUCUCAAAAAGAUGGCGGUGCUCAACCUGUCCCUCACAAGGAGGAGAGGGCUGUCGAAGAGUCUGAGGAUGAUGGGAAGUGGUAUAGAGGCAAAGCCAGCGAAGAUUUCCGCAGGCGAAGGCAGGGCGAAGCCGCUCGUACAGCAGCUGCUGAGGAGGAGGAUGAUCUAUACCAAUGGGCACUAGAGAGAAAGAACGCGGAAAACGAAAGGGACACCGACUUCGGUCCCGAGGACUAUUUCGAAGCUGCUACUCGUGGUGGACACCAAAGGCAGGAAGAAGUAGAUGAGUUUACGGAGACGUUGUUACUGGUGGCUCUCUGUGGUCUUGUUGCGCUCCUGAUCUACGUCCGCACGCGUAUCGUGCGUAGAACUAGAGGGCAGGAACAAGAACCGCAGCAGGACCGUGAGGGUCAGAGAGAUUUAGGGUUGUUCCCGCCACCAGGCGAUCCAGCCCGGCAGGAAUGGAACAUCGCGCAUUAGCGAAUGAUAUCACACGUUCUGUAUUAUGGUUGCAAGUAUAUAGCCGUGACAGCACAUCAAAACGUAACUUUGGGUCAUCAGAUCCGAUUUGAAACCUCGA